AUGGAGAGCUGUCCUGUGGAAUUGAUCAACCGAAUCCAGUUGGAGCAGGUAUCAACUUUUCCGGAGCGCACAACUUAUUGGCGUCUCGAAAGGCCAACGUCUACGGAAGGUUCUCACAAAGAGGUUCACGUCCGCUGGGUGCACGGUGACGGAGAUACCGUCGCGGACAUAAAUUGGCUGUACACCGUGCGCCGCAAUACACCGCUAACAACAACGCAUACAACGGAACAAAGCCGCUGUGAGAGUAUUGCAGUUGUGGAUUUGGCUCAGGGAUGCCUGAACUCUUGA